AGCCCAGACGCGUCUUCAGUUCGCUACCGGGUUUUCGAUCGCGUCAUUUUUUUAAAUAGUUUGGCGCGAUGUCCGCUAAGGUCGUUUUGGUAUUCGUACUCGCCGUCCUGGUGAUGGUUUCGGCGAAAUCCGAAAGAAGAAAACGACCGAAACCCAUUCCGCCGUACCUCAAACCGUGUUCCAAGAGCGCCAAAGACUUCAAAGCGUGUUGCGUCGCUCAUGGCAACGAAGCUCUCCCUACUUUGCUCAAGGGCGACCCCAAAUUCAACAUUCCGAACUUGACCCCGCUGCAGAUCCCUAGAAUCGACGUCGCUACCGCCGACUCCCUGAAGAUAGUCUUCCUGGACGUGUCGCUUCUGGGUUUGGACAGCGCCAAAUUGACCGACAUGAGCGUAGAUUUUGACGCGCACAAAAUCGAACUGGACAUUUUCGUCGGCCGAGUCUCCAUUAUCGGAAACUACGAGGUCGGGGGUAAAAUUCUGAUAUUGCCACUCGAAGGAAAAGGGCCAGCGAACGUCACUGCCGACGACGGCAAAUUCAAAUACAAAUUCAACUAUAAGCUCGAGAACAGAAACGGCAUCAACUACGCCAUCAUCCAGGACGAUGACCAGCUGACGUUUGAAGUCGGUCACGCGUAUUUCAGACUCGACAAUCUCUUCAACGGGAACAAACAGAUGAGUGACAACGUGAACAAUUUCCUCAACGAGAAUUGGGAAGAGGUCACCAAAGAAUUGGGCGGGGCUAUACAGACCACCAUCGCCGUCAUAGCACGCAGGGUCGGAGGCGGGGUACUGUCCAACCUGCCCUUUGACAACUUGUUUUUACCAUAAAUUAGCAGUGCCGCUCGGUUUCAGUAUUGUUUUCCAUAUUGUUGACGUCGUUCGUGUUAUGUGAAUAGAUAACUUCUAUUUAU